GCAGGAGGGAAGUCAUAUUGCGUCACGUGUGUGUUUUCAAAGUCAUGCAGCCGGGGUUAGGGUUCAGUAAAUACUGAUGAUGUCAUCGUCUGAAGAUGGCUGAAGGAGAAGGCUGGUGGGGAGGCUGGCUUCAGCAGAGCUUCCAGGUCGUCAAAGAUAAGUCAUCCGAGGCCUUAGAAUUCAUAAAGCGAGACCUGACGGAGUUCUCCACUGUGGUGCAACAUGACACAACCUGCUCAAUUGUGGCUACAGCCACUGCUGUCAGAAACAAGCUUGCGGUGGAAGGUUCCUCUGAGACCUCAGAAAAGGUGAAGAAGAGCCUCUCUAGUUUCUUAGGGGUAAUAACAGACACACUUGCUCCUCCCCCUGAUAAAACCAUUGACUGUGAUGUAAUCACAUUGGUGGCAACGGCAUCAGGAACUACAGAGAUCUACGACAGUUCUAAGGCACGCCUGUACAGUUUGCAAGCUGACCCGGCUACAUACUGCAAUGAGCCUGAUGGUCCCCCAGAACAGUUUGACAACUGGCUGUCCAGCUUCAGUUUGGAGGAUAAGAAAGGAGAAAUCUCAGAGCAUUUGGUCAACAGUCCCUCUAUACGAGCCCUUUACACCAAAAUGGUGCCAGCGGCUGUAGCCCAUUCUGAAUUCUGGCAGCGGUAUUACUACAGAGUCUUCCAGUUGGACCAGGAGGAGGCAAGAAGAGUGGCAUUGAAGCAGAGGGCAGAACAGACGACGCACACAGAGACUCUGGGCUGGGAGGAGGAGGAGGAAGACGACUUCCUCGGCGCCACGUCAUCAUCUCAACUGAACUUUGCAUCCCCGCUGGACAACAGCUCAACAUCGACCUCAACAUCUCCCACAGGCGCGACUCCGCUGAGCCCCGUCCUCUCUCCCAGCGAAGAGCGCGACGCCACCCUCUCAGUCAGCAGCGACAGCGUCAGCCUGCCAACGCAGGUGGAAGUGUGCCCGCAGCCCGUUGUCAGGAAGCUGGCAGAGAAACUGACAGAAGCUAGCUUAGAAGAUGUUGCAGACAAGACACAAGAAGAGCAGAGGCCUGGAAGAAGUGACUUACCUCUCGAGGCUCAAGUAGAAGCUGUAACCCAGCCAGAGGUCAAUGUUGAUGGGGCGUCAGUGCGGGCUUCUGUCCUCACCACUAAACCAGAAGCAGCAAAGGAGGACGGGCCGCAGGACCUGAGAGUGUUCGAGCUCAACUCUGACAGCGGGAAAUCUACGCCCUCUAACAAUGGCAAGAAAGGGUCCAGCACUGACGUGAGUGAGGACUGGGAGAAAGACUUCGACCUCGACAUGACAGAAGAAGAAGUCCAAAUGGCGCUUUCUAAAAUAGAGGCUUCUGGAGAGAUGGACGAAGACUGGGAGAACUGGGAAUGAGAGCCACAGCAACACGAACUCUGUCCCGCCAUUAAAGCUAGUUCUCGGCAGACGAACCAUGCUUUACGUGUUUUAACUCUUUGUCCACACUGUCACCAUGUCAUGAUUGUCAGUAGGGGAUUGUCCGGCGGGUUUGGACCAUUUUGGUAAACCCGUUGUAAAGAGCAAAGGGAAGACCAGGCAAUAAGAAUUACACUGCUCCGUCAGUUUAGUGCAGAUAGGCCGCUAGCGAGGGUAACAACUCAGGUCUUGGCUAAUUUCUUGGAUUAACUUCUGACAUAGAAACAUACGACACUAGUCACUACCUUUUUACAGCUUAAGGACACGCAGUGACAAGUCAGAAUGUCAAAGGUAUCACCGCAGCAGGGGAGGAGCCGUUUCCCCUUUUUUCUUUAUGCCAUUAAACACAUCACGUACGUCGCGAGUGCGUUGCAAGAUGGGCAAUGACUUAGCCGCAGGCUGCAAAAUAGCCAUAAACUAUAAAGCUGCUUGUCACCUUUCUAAGAUGAAUGAUGAUGAUCAAUUGAUUCCUGUGUCGCUUUCUGUCCUCAUCUUUAUUAUGCAAGUGAAUCUUCAAAAUGGAAAGGAAACAUAUUUUGGCCUUCAUUAGAGCGCUUUUCAUUUUGGAUUCACUCCCAACUCUAGAAAUAUGGCCUUGUUAAACACACAUAAGUGUGAUAAUGUUAUCCAAAUGUGUUUGUUAUGUCAGUCACCUGAAACACAACCAGUGUCAUUAUUAGUUCUCUCCCCUCAUCGUUGUCAUAUGUGAUUCAUUUGAAUAUAUUAACUUGUUGCAGGCUGUAAUUAUGUCACUUUAAAUGAGUUGUUUGUCUUAUUUGGGUCGAGGGACUUCAUUAAUUAUGACUUGUUAAGAGAGGGAUCCUAUUUGACUUCAGAAAGUGAAUUGAAACUGGUCCCGGUGUUAUGAUACUGGAUUCUUUGGCUUGACAUUGAGGGUAGCAUCUGUUUAUUAUUUUAUUUAAUCUUAUAGGAAAAUAUGACAAAUCAGUGGAGUUUGAGGUUUCUCUGUUGGCCCAUGUUUGGAGCAAAAUGGCUCAGCAGGCAGUGUGCCAAGUAGACCAAGAAGCAAAGCAUGCUCCAUGCUUUUCUGAUUUCCUUUCCCAUCAUCCGUAAUGUAACCGAGAAAAAUAAUCCUAGAGAUGUAAUAUUUAUACUAAAAAUAAAUGCUUAAUUAUUGUAUUUUGUGCUUUGGAUUGCAUGUCUGUACAAUAACAUGCAAAACAUUGUGCAGAUGAUUACUGUUGAGUUGUAUGUUUUCUUCGGUAAAGACAUGUUCUUCAGGUUUUUGUGUUCUGACCAUGUGUUGCAUGUCUCUAAUUCUCGACUGUGUAUUCCCUUCAGAUUCACACUUUGAACUAAUCAAAGCGGUUCUACACACACAUCUGUUUUCAAAGCUGUCAAGUUCUUUCUUUUCUUUUUUUAAGUCAAGUAUUUCACUAUAUUUUUCAAAUGAUCAUUGUCAUUAAAGGAUUCAUGGCUAAUGGA